UGAAACGUUGAAACUCGAUGAUUUCGAGCACGACCAGUAGUUAGUUAUAUAAUCAAUUUCAUCAUUUGAAGAUUAUUAUUUCUUUUUCAUUUUUAGAAUUCCUUACAUUUAAAUGGAUAAGGAGAUUAUGUAACUUGAACACAAGAAUUCCUUACAUUUAAAUGGAUAAGGAGAUGAUGUAACUUGAACACAAGGUUAACUAGAAAAAAUGCAUUGGAAGUUUCAUUAUUUGCGGACAAAACGAAACAUAUAAAAAAGGAAAAGAAAAACAAACAGUCAUGGAUGACGGGAAAAAAGAGGAGCUGUUAAAACUGGAUAUUAAAGCCGAAAAUAAUUUUGUCAAUGAUGAAAGUAGUACUGCUACAGAUCUAGACGAACUAGAUGAAAAGGAUGAUGUGGACUGGAAUGAAAGGGAAUCAUGGGGUGGACGAUUUGAGUUUGUUCUAUCCUUGGUAGGAUAUACCGUUGGGCUAGGAAACAUAUGGAGGUUUCCGUACUUUUGCUUCAGGAAUGGCGGAGGAAUCGCUAUUAUACCGUUUUUAUUGUUCCUGAUAAUAUGUGGUGGGCCACUAUAUUAUAUAGAAGUAUGCUUGGGUCAGUUCUCCGGAAAGUCGCCCAUAACAGUUUGGAAUAUAUGCCCGUUAUUUAAAGGUAUUGGACUGUUAAUGGUGACCACAUCUUUGUUUUAUGUUUGGUAUUUUGGUACAGCAUUUGGUUGGGUAUUCUAUUUCCUCAUCAUGUCAUUCUACCCGACUUUACCCUGGAGCACGUGCAACAAUAGCUGGAACACAGAGAACUGUAUAGAUUCAACAACUAAUAUGACGAUGAAAUUAUUGAAUGUAAGUUCAGGAACGCUGCUUAUGUCGUCCGGAACAGAAUUCUGGGAACGAAAAGUUCUUAAUAUGUCGUCAGGAAUUGAAGACAUUGGAUCAUUGCAACUUCACCUAGUCGGAUGUUUGUUUCUUGGUUGGCUUUUGGUUUUCUUUUGCCUAGCAAAAGGUGUUAAAUCUUUAGGAAAGGUUGUUUACGUGACAGCUACGUUACCGUAUGUUUUGUUACUUAUAUUACUGAUUCGUGGAGUAACGCUAGACGGCGCUUGGAUCGGUCUAAGGCAUUACGUCAUCCCUGAUUUCAGCAAACUUGCAAAUGGAAAGAUGUGGAUAGAAUCCGCAGUGCAGUGUUUUUACUCACUUGGUCCAGCAUGGGGUGGUGUAAUUACAAUGGCUAGUUUUAACAAGUUCAAUCAUAAUGCAUUAAGAGAUACCGUGAUUGUGUGCUUUGCUGAUGCGUUUACUGCCAUAUUUGGUGGCUUUGUUGUGUUUUCUGUGCUGGGAUUUCUGUCGAAGGAAACAGGGACAUCUUUAGAUAAAUUACCAUUCGCAGGACCGGGUUUAGCUUUUAUAGCAUAUCCAGAAGCUUUGAGCCGUCUGCCCGCGCCGAACCUUUGGUCCGUGCUGUUCUUUACGACACUUGUCAUGGUUGGAAUUGACUCGCAGUUUGGUACAUUUGAGACAGGUGCAAAUGCUUUAAUAGAUCUGAAUUUCAAAAAGUUCAGUAGAUACCGGAUAUGGAUCUCGGCAAGUCUGACAUCUUGCCUCUUUGUGCUUGGUCUGCCACUCACUACUUCGGGUGGUUACUAUAUAUUUAUGCUGAUAGAUUGGUAUGUGGCUUUGUUUGGUAUAGUAUUCACAGCCCUACUAGAAUGCGUCAUUGUUGCCUGGAUCUAUGGUGCGGGUCGGUUCUCCGAUGAUAUAGAGAUGAUGACUGGGUCACGACCAUCUCAGAUACUCCGCUUCAUUUGGUGCUUCUGCAUUCCAAUCUUUAUAGGGGGUAUUUUAAUUACUACAAUAUCCACAUAUACAGACUCGUCGAUUGGCUAUGAUUAUCCAGAGUAUGCCCUAGUUAUAGGAAAUAUCCUUGCGUUUGGACCUUGCAGUUUAAUUGCCGUUGUUGCUGUUGUCCAGCUGGUAAAGGAAAAGGGAACACUUUGCCAGAGGUUAAGCAAUCUGCUUCGACCAGACAAAACAUGGCUACCAAAUGACAAACAACAGAGACAGAUAUAUCGCCACAAUCCUUAUGAUUAUGAAGAUUCGCUUUUUGGACGGUUUAAAAAUAAUGUUGUUGGCCUCAAACACUAGUCAUAACUUUAGAGAGAAGGACACCAAUGUUAAAAUUAAAAUUGUUCGUGUGUUGAACGUCUUAUGAAGAUCAGUGAAACGUUUAUAUGACGAGGAGCAAAGCGUGUCAGUAACGUUUCCAGAGAAACCAAGCCUUUGUAUGCAAUAAAAGUAUAUAAUUAUAAUGAAGCGUUUGCCAUGAAUGAAGAAUCAGUAAGACGCGAUUAUCAUAUGCUAAAAAGUAUCAAUGAUUAAGCGAUUUAAAAAGGAGCAAUUAAAUGUAUCAAUUAAGAAUCGAU